CCAGAAAUAAUUAAUACAUUUCGAGAAUCAUGAAAAUUAAGAAUACCAAAAUUUCAGUUCGAGAUUGUUCUUCAAAUUCCCAUGCUGAAAAUUUUCAAUUUGGAAUUCGAUAUACCAUGUUCGAUUUGGAAUUCCAUACCGAAUCGCCUCUACUUACAAAUAAAAGAUAAAUAUUUAUCCACCAGAUUCUCUCUUUAGAUCUGAAAUUUUCGCGUCCUUCCCCUGAUCUCGUUGAUCUUCCUCGUCUCCGAGCUCGCGUUCUCCCUCCUAGGUCGCGAUCUCCCUCUGAAAACAGCCAUGGAGGUUGGAGUCUGAAUCUUCUCUCAAAACCUGAUAGUGUGAAGUGCAGCAGACACACCAGGCACUGCCACUCCUCCUGAGACUCCUCCUCACUAUCAGCCAGCCAUUGUUGCGGUCUAGACCAAACUCCAACUCCAAACAUCAAUGUCGGACUCCGGCGACUUCCUCCACAAAACUCAUGUCGUUCUAUUCCCCAGCGCCGGCAUGGGCCAUCUCACUCCCUUUCUACGACUUGCCGCAUUACUGCUUUCCCAAAACCAUUGCCCCCUGACUCUCACCCUCAUCACCACCCACCCCACAGUCUCACUCGCCGAGUCGUCACUCAUCACUCGCUUCCUCUCCGCCUUCCCCGACCGAGUCAGUGAGCUCGAGUUCCAUCUCCUUCCUCUAGACCCUUCAACGGCCAAAUCCACUGACCCUUUUUUCGUCAGGUUUGAAGCCAUCCGCCGCUCUGCAUACCUCCUCACUCCUCUGCUCUCUUCUCUCUGUCCGCCUCCCUCCGCCAUUAUCUUCGACAUCAGUUUAAUCUCCCCGGUUAUCCUCGCCGUCGAAAGCCUCCCUUUUCAUGUCCCUGCCUACGUUCUUGUCACCACCUCCGCCAGAAUGUUGUCUCUCUUCGCAUCUUACCACAAAUUAGCUUCCUCUUUAACAGAGCUCACGGACGAUGGUGUUCUUGAAAUCCCCGGCAUCAGUCCGCCAAUUUCCAAAUCGUCGAUUCCUCCAUUGCUUCUGAAUCCAAACAGUUUUUUUUCGAGUUUGUUCUUGGAUGACGGUCCAAAGCUCAAAAAUUUGAAUGGGAUUCUGAUCAAUUCGUUUGAAGAGCUGGAAGCAGAGGCAUUGGGCGCGCUUAAUGGCGGGAAAGUGAUUACGGCUGAUGGGUUGCCACCAAUUUUUUCUGUUGGGCCUUUUGUGCCCUGUGAAUUUGAGAAGCUGCAGGGAGACGUCGGUGAUGGCGAUCGAUUGAAGAGGUGGCUGGAUGAACAGCCUGAUGGGUCGGUGGUGUAUGUGAGCUUCGGAAGCAGGACAGCUCUGUCGACGGAACAAAUCGGAGAGGUGGGAGAAGGGUUGGUGAGAAGUGGGGUUAGGUUUUUGUGGGUGGUGAAGGAGAAGCUGGUUGACAGGGAGGAGGAAGAUGAGGGUAAUUUAAUAAAAGUGAAGGGGAGGGGGGUUGUAGUGAGAAGGUGGGUGGAGCAAGGAGAAAUCUUGGGGCACAAGGCGGUGGGUGGGUUUGUGAGCCAUUGUGGGUGGAACUCGGUGGUGGAGGCGGCGUGGAACGGAGUUAGGGUUCUGGCUUGGCCGCUGAAUGGGGAUCAAAAGGUGAAUGCAGAGGUGGUUGUGAGGAGUGGGGUUGGGAUUUGGGACAAAACUUGGGGUUGGGGUGGUGGUGAUCGGAUUGUGGUGAAGGGGCAAAUGAUUGCUGAUAAGAUUAGAGAAUUGAUGGAGAGUGAAGAUCUGAGGGUGGAAGCUGAAAGGGUUGGAGGAGAGGCUAAGAGGGCCGCCGGAGCCGGUGGUGGCCGGGACAAAAUGUUCAAGCAGCUAAUUGAGAAUUGGAAGAAGCAACAUGCAUGAGGCAUGUCUUGGCAAGCUUUCUCUGUUUUCUCAGUCUGGUUUCUGUUUCAGUAAUAAAGGCAAAGCAAUUUUCUUAUGAAAAUUAUGUGUCCUCAAUACAAUAAGAAAAUUAUGUGUUCUCAAUA